AUGGAAGAACUGUCUGACCUUCAAUUUAUAAAAAAGUUUAGACUCACUAAGACAUUGGUUCAAGAGUUAAUAAAUAUAUUAGCACCGUACAUGACUGAACCAACUAGAUCUUCUUCAAUCACAAUUAAAACAAAAGUUUUGACAGCUUUGCGGUUUUUUGCUAGUGGUUCAUAUCAGCUAGAUAUUGGUGACAAUAGGUCAUCAGCACUAAGUCAGCCAUCUGUUAGCAGAUGUAUUGCUGAAGUAUCUAAUGCAUUAAACCAACCGGAUAUUGUAAAAAGAUACAUUAGCUUCCCGGAUAACUUUCAAAAAUUAAAUGCAAUACGUAGAGGAUUUCUUGAUAAAAAAGGAGUGCCUGGGGUCGUAGGGACUAUAGACUGCACUCAUGUAGCCAUAUUUCCACCUCCUUCAGAAGGAUUAUAUCCUGAGCACAUUUAUGUGAACCGCAAAGGUUACCACAGCAUUAAUGUGCAAUUAAUUUGUGACUCUGAUGCAAGAAUAAUGAAUGUUAAUGCUAAAUAUCCAGGUAGCACUAAUGACUCAUUUAUAUGGCGUCAAAGUGUGAUAUCCACAUACAUGGAAAACUUGCAUGACAAUGGACACACUUCAUAUUUUUUAUUAGGUGAUUCAGGAUAUCCACUUAGGCCUUGGCUCUUAACACCAUUAAGUGAUCCUAUUCCUGAUACGCCUGAGUCCUUGUUUAAUAAGUGGUUGACUAGUACACGGUCGACCAUUGAAAGAUGUAAUGGGAUCUUAAAAAUGAGAUUUAGAUGUUUAUUAAAACACAGAGUUUUGCACUAUAAUCCAGAACGAGCUUCGAAAAUCAUAGUGUCUUGUUGUAUCCUUCACAAUAUGUGUAUCAAUGCGAAUUUGCCUGUUCCUCAGAGAGAACCAGAUGAUCCUCUAGACAUUGAUUUUGGCAUAUAUGGUGUUCCUGAAUUGAAUCCAAUGAAUCCUACAAUAAAUCCUCAACUAGCUGCAGGCCGAAGAGUACAACAACUGCUUAUUAGAUCCUAUUUUACUUAAUAAACAUUUUUUUUUUCAAUCAUAAUUCUAUAAUUAAAAAUUAUAAAAAUAAACAUUAUUACAAUAAACUAACAUCAAAGUCAGGCAGUUAAUAACUUGAAAUAAUAUUCUUUUACCAAUCACCAAUAUAUUUAGUAUUUAAUAAGCAUUAGAAAACAUUAUAGCUUUAUAGUUAAAAACUGAACUGA